UAAGGCGGCCAUUUUUCAUCCCCCACCCCAUUUUUUGUAGGGAGGGUCCUCAGAUAGAGCCUGUGUACUGGAAUCGAGGGGUGUCGGCCAUUGUACUCGCCCCAGAGCCACUCCAGUGGUCCUGAGGGUGGGAGUAACAACACUGAACCUUUCCUUCCCUCUCCGGGUGUCCUCCAACAACCCCCAUUCUCCCACCCCUUCCUUGGAAGUCGCUGGGAACUAUGUGCGGAUGGCGGCCGCCGUGCCUCCCAUGCAUAGCCUGCGCUUGGAGAAUGCAUCCAUCUUGUCUGAGGGGGCUCUGCAGGAUGGGCAUCGCCUCUGGAUUGGCAACCUGGACCCGAAGAUUACAGAGUACCACCUCCUUAAACUCCUUCAAAAGUUUGGCAAGGUGAAGCAAUUCGACUUUCUCUUUCACAAAUCAGGCGCUUUGGAGGGUCAGCCCAGGGGCUACUGCUUCGUGAACUUCGAAACCAAGCUGGAAGCUGAGCAAGCGAUCCAGUGCCUCAAUGGCAAGCUGGCCCUGUCCAAAAAACUGGUGGUGCGAUGGGCCCAUGCCCAGGUCAAGAGAUAUGAUCAGAAUAAGAAUGAGAAGAUCCUACCUAUCAGUCUGGAGCCCUCAUCCAGCACAGAACCAGCCCAGUCCAACCUGAGCGUUAGUGCAAAGAUCAAAGCCAUUGAGGCCAAGCUGAAAAUGAUGGCAGAGAACCCAGAGGCGGAAUUUCCCCCGGUGGCUGCAUACUCCUACUUCAAGCCCCUUGAUAAGAAACGGACUGCUCCAUACUCCCGGACAGCCUGGAAGUCAAAGAGAUGAUCCUAAUGAGACAAAUGCUCCCUGGUCCAGUGCUCAAUGUCCUUGUAUAUGUAGCCAACUAGAAAGAGCUAUGAACUGCCUGACCUCUACAGACUGUGCGGCCUUUGACCUGGUUGUCUCACCUAAUGAUGUGUGGAAAUGAACCUUCUCAGUGGUGGUGGGGAAGAUGAACAAAAUAUGAUGCCAUUCCAAAAAGCUGUGAAGAACAUCUUAAAAGAAAACAAACCCAGACUUGUUUUCAGAAGUAAUACCGAACUUCUACCCACACCGGUGGGGCUAAGUCUGACUCUGAAGUACAAGAUUUGUGCUGUCUGUAGACUUCUUAUUUUCUUUAAUUGCUUGUGUUAGUUCUGUUUCCUAGCCAGAAAGUACUAUUGCUGUUAUUAGUCAGCAUAGAAAAUAGGUUUGACCAAACUCUUCCCCCUGCCAAAAAAAAAACCUGAAUAGGGGGUGACAUGUCUGUACUCCUUCGGCAACCAACAAGUAGCUUCUGUUUUAUCUUGACUGUUCAUAAAACAAACCAGAACGGUGAAA